AUCGCCAUGCAGUCCCUCUGGAACAUCAAAAUCGCCGUCCUGGUGAAACCAGAGCACGAGAAUCGGAUCAGCCACGUUGGCACCUCCAGCGUCAAAACUGGCAUCGCCAACACUCUGGGCAACAAGGGGGCCGUGGGCGUCUCCUUCAUGUUCAACGGCACCUCCUUCGGCUUCGUCAACUGCCACCUCACCUCCGGCAACGAGAAGACCGCCAGGAGGAACCAGAAUUAUCUGGACAUCCUCCGUCUUCUGGCCCUGGGGGACAAGCAGCUGAGCUCCUUCGACAUCUCCCUACGCUUCACCCACCUCUUCUGGUUCGGCGACCUCAACUACCGCCUGGACAUGGACAUCCAGGAAAUCCUCAACUACAUCAACCGCAAGGAGUUUGAGCCCCUCCUCAAAGUGGACCAGCUCAACCUGGAGAAGGAGAAGCACAAGAUCUUCCUGCGAUUCAGUGAAGAGGAAGUCACUUUCCCUCCCACCUACCGCUACGAGAGAGGGUCCCGCGACACUUACGUGUGGCACAAACAGAAGCCCACUGGGGUCAGAACCAACGUCCCUUCUUGGUGUGACCGCAUUCUCUGGAAGUCCUACCCAGAGACACACAUCAAUUGCACCUCCUAUGGCUGUACGGAUGAUAUCAUGAGCAGCGACCACUCCCCGGUCUUCGCAGCCUUUGAAGUUGGAGUCACGUCCCAGUUUGUUUCCAAAAAAG